UGGCCUGCUCACAUAAAUAAACCAUUACGUAUGGCUUACGUAACCGCGUCUUCGCUUCCUCCGCCCCUUUCGCUAUGCUAAUCGCGUUCUCCUCGUGUACGGGGAGUUGUUUUGUAGCGUGGGCGGGAGGCGAACGGGUCAUUCACAGCCACGCAGGGUUUAGCGUUCAAAUGUUUCAGGAUUUAGGCGAAGUGAUGGAGCUUGUUGAUUAAGGUCUAUGUGGCUGAGAGACGUCCACAUCCUGGACCAGCCCAGAUUUCACAUACAGUUCACGCGACCAACAGUGUGUCCACCAGCAACUGAGCACAUAUUUUUAAAAGUCACACAUAAAAAAAAUGCAGUAAAUAAAACACAAUGUGUUUCCUAUUUUACAAUCAAGCUGUUACGUUAUGAGACUCAUACCAGUUUCUCAUCAGAUUAAUUUAAAGAAACAAACACAUGUAAUCUGGCGUUUAACUGAAUCACAUUUGUACCAAAAUUAAGCUUUCAUUAAGAUGCUUUUAAAAAUGUGGAUAACUAUUAACAAGGCUCGUUUGCAUUGGUGCUGACUGAGGCAACUGUCUGUUUAUGAAUGGUUUACAUAUUCCCUAAAUUCAAGUGUGUGUGUGUGUGUGUGUGUGUGUGUGUGUGUGUGUGUGUGUGUGUGUGUGUGUGUGUGUGUGUGUGUGUGUGUGUGUGUGUGUGUGUAUUUGCCUGUGGCUGAUUGUGUGUGAGCUGAGUUUUGCCUGAAGGAGUCAGCUGGAUGCUUUUCACAUUAGCGUCGCUAUCUGUCACCACCAAAUAGGGAUGUUAGAAAAACUUUUCAAACGUGAAGGAGCACGUUUUCACAUGAAGAGUGGUAUUAAUAUGCGUGCUGCAUAUGCUCACUGCUAAUUAUCUUCAGUCCAGCUGAUUGCUUUGUGACUUUAUUGCGUGUCUCAUGCUGAAGGUUGUUGAAGAGCUCCUCUGAUCUCAGACAGGCACGUCUCACAGCCAGUCUUGCUCCGUCUCCCUUUAUUCCAUUCUGAAAUAGUUUAUGUCAGAUUUAUUUAUAUAACAGAACAUUUGCUCAGUGCUCAGCAGAGAACAAAAAACACAAAGACGGGCAGUACAAAAGGCGCGACAAAUGUGCUACAUUGCGUGUGUUAUCUGUCUGCCUGCUUGUGUUUGAACACAGGCGACGGUCACCGGGCAGAUGAGGACACUUCAAAGCCGACUCGUAUCAAAGUAGCUCUGGCUCUUUGUUGUGCAGGCAUGGGAGAGGACAGAUCGGGACAGGGGCAGUGGAUGGGAGUCAGUGUCCUCGCAGACAGGCCAGCAACACGAGGAUACGACACAUAGAUAGUCAUGGAACAACAAUCACAAUUUGUUUGAAGAUGUUUGCCUCCUUUAUGGUCAUAGAAGAGGAAUAGGAGGCGAAACAAUAACGACCAUGGGGGAUCCUCUGUCAGGCUCCGCUCCUCUCGUCGGCGCAGCGGCUUCUGGCAGGCUCCGUCUGGUCCGGCUGCUGAUCGAAGGUGGUGCUCGGGUCAACGGGUGCAACCAGGAGGGAGAGACGGCCCUGCUGGCUGCAUGUAAGGCCCUGAGAGGGGAGCCAGACGGGCCCGACACGGUGAAGCUCCUCACAUUCCUGCUGCAGAACCAGGCAGACCCAAACGCUCAGGACCGGGCCGGCCGCACCGCUCUGAUGUACGCCUGUAUGGAGCGAGCGGGCGCCCGGGUGGCGUCCGUCCUGCUGGCUGCGGGGGCCGACCCCAGCAUGGAGGACCGCUCCGGAGCCUCCGCGUUGGUGUACGCCGUCAACGCACAGCACCAGCCAACACUGAAGGUGUUGAUGGAUGCCUGCCGAGCUAGAGGACAUGAUGUCAUUAUAAUUGCCACGGAGACGGGUGCGAGCGGCGGCCCGGUGACCAGGCGUUACCUGAACGUCCCUCCAUCGCCCGACACGUCGCCGGUGUCCUGCAUGUCCCCGUCCGACAUCGUCCUUAAGACCAGCUCUCCAAACUCACCUGAGGGGGAAAACGUCUUCAAUUUCAGAGGCACAAGUAAAAGAGGAGGCGGGAGCUGCAGCAGCCGCGCCCCCCGUGAGCCGAGCCUGGACCCGUGUAACGCGCCACCUCCCAGACAGAGGAUGCUCUCGGACCCACGGCUGGUCAUCCACAGCCUGGCCCGUCUGCACAGAGCGUACGAGCAGGGCCUGCAGGCACGGAGCCAGCAGCACGACAGCAACACGGAGGAUUUGGGAGACAGUGAGCAUAGAGAGGACGAGGAGUCCCGUCUCCAUCCAUCCAAGAUGGCAGAGAGCAGGGAGGGUUUCCUUCCAGGGGUUUCUCCGUCUCGCACCCUCGCGGAGGCGGAGCCGUCGCGGACGACCUCGGGCAGAUUGAUGCCAAAGAGGUGUGUGACACCCGGAUCAUCAGCACCUCCAAAGAGCUCCGUUAAGCUUCCCGCCUGCCCACCUCCUCACGCCCAGCGCCGCAGGAACACCCUCCCAUCUGUCACGGUGCCCCCCCCUCCUCCGCUUCACCUCCCGCCUUUAGUCGACCAAUCAGAAUCCCACCUACAGGUCGCAAGCAAGCGUCUGCCCUCAAAGAGCAGGAGCAUGGUGUUUCUGCCUCAUCCACCACCGCCCUCCUCCUCCAGAGCAUCAUCAUCAUCAUCAUCAUCAUCAUCAUCACCACCAUCACUACAACCUGUGCUCCCCAUCUCCUCCUCUGUCACCUCACUGGUUACGCCUCCUGCAGCCUGGUGCAGGGAGAGCAACAGGAAGUCGCUGCGUCGCCAUUCAGUACAACUUGAAUAGAUCAGAAUGAACAAACAUACCCCAAAGAAGGUGCAUGUUCAUGGCAAAAGGAGUGAAGUUAUUUUAUUUGUUUUUAAUAUGUUUCUACAACAAGGGGGACACAAGCAAAAACGACUGACAACUUGAUGAAAAUUAAACAAAACAAAAAAAAAAUACAUUUAUUAUCAAUGCAGUUUU